AUGUACACCCCCCGCCUCUACAGCACUGCAGGGGGAGGAGGAGGGGGAGGAGGUGGGGUCAAACAGGGGAGAAGAGCUGGACUGGCCGUGCUCGAGGCCCCCCACCCCCCCCACCCCCACCCCCACCCCCACCUCCCCCACCAUCCUCACCCGGCCCCCCCUCCCCCUGCGUAUCCGUUGUAUCAGGGUCGUCCUGACACCCACCGAGGAGCUCAUUUCCACCACCACUAUCACCCCCACCCUCACCCUCACCCCCACCCUCACCAGCACCCUCAGCCUGCCCACAUAGCCCCGCCCCCUCUGCCCCCCCACUACCAGCACCAUGCUCAUUUCUCCACCUACAGCGGGGGGGCCCUUGCUGGGGCCUCCAGCAGCAGCAACAAGAAGAAGAUGUGGAACUUCAUCCACGAGAAGAUGAGCUACGACACCUUCUUCACCAUGAAGCGUCUGAUCGAGCGCUCACGGCGCCCCAACGAGGUGCUGCGCUGGGUCACCCAGAACCCCGCCAAGAUCUCCCACAACCACUACCCGGUCGCACUGCAGAAGAUCGGACAGCUGCUGCAGGCCCCGCCCCCGGCCCGGGGCAGAGGAGAUGAUGGCGAAGCCGCAGGAGGAGGACUCGAGGGCGGGGACAGACGUCAGAUCCUGGAGCACCAGGACUUUCAGACACUCUGCAACGCCAUCGUCAACGACUGCGCCAAGUUCGACAACUUCAGCAUCGUCAACUGUCUGUACGCCGUGGCGGCGCUUGGUGAGUCUCCAGGUCUCUGUCAGGUCGUCUCAGAAACAGGACAGCUGUGAUGUCAUCAUGUCUCCCUGCAGGUCUUCCUGCCGACUCCCAGGUGGUCCAGGUGCUGGAGGCGGAGUCUCAGUCCAGACUAAACCAGUUCAACCAGAAGGACGUGUCCAUGGUGUUCAGCUCCAGCAUGAAGCUCCACCCGGGCAGCCAACACCCGCUGACGGAGGCGUGCCUCGCCGGUCUGGAGAAGAACCUGGAGCGAGAGCGCCACCCGCAGACGCUCUUCCUGCUGCUCUCCUACUACAGACUUAAGUGGCGCUCACUGCAGCCACAGGACCCCGCCCCCAAUCCAGGGGGCGCUAACAAUAACAGCACUGCUCCAAACCCGGACCAGCUGCUCGCCAACAGGUGAGAAAAACGCCGAGUGUAGAUCAGUCAGGUACGGAGGAGGAGGAGCCUGAGAACCAGGAGAGGGUCUGAGUCAGGGGUUCGACUCUAACUCUGUUCUCCUGAGUUAUAAACGAAAGGAGCACAAAGAAAACUGAUCAAUCAUGUUUGUGUUAUUGAUCGACCUUAGUACUAUUAUUAGAAAUCAAUUUGUGGUCUUUUGAUCACAUGACAUGGAAGCUAUUGAAGGAAAACAGCCUUUUCUGUCAGCCCCGCCCCCUGUCAGCCCCGCCCCCUGUCAGCCCCGCCCCCUGUCUCUGAACGAGUUUUAGUUUUUUAGUUUUUCAUGUUUUUUUGAGACAAACUUGAAUCCUUGUUGUCGUCGUUGGUCAAAGUUUUGUUCCUCUGUUUUUCAGGAAGAUUCUUCGUCUGGUCAAACACACCUUGGCGAGCGUAAGCGGCAUGCGUGACCAGGAGAUGGCGCUUUUGGAUGAGAUGUUGGCGGCGUGUGCGAGGGAGGCCAGCAAUAAGAGUCUGGAGCUGAUCUUCAGUUCUCACCUGUUCUACCAGAACCGACAGGAGAGGUUCAUCAGCAGCCUGGCAGGUGAGUCGGGUCUGAGGGUCUCACCUGAGACCUGCUCCAGGUACACCUGCUCAGUCAUGUGACCUGCUCAGUCAUGUGACCUGCUGCUGUCGUUGUUGUUCUCUUCCAGAGGAGCUGCCCAAAAAGGUGGACAGCAUCACGCCGUACACGAUGGCGCUGAUUGCCAAGUACAUCGCUCGCCAUCGCCUCAGGGAGACGCGGCUGCUCGACACCAUCGCAGACUUCCUGGUGAAAAAGGCGGAGUACCUGGACAGCAAGGUGAGGUCCAAACCCGGGUCAUGUGACUUCAGUCCACCUGUGCAGCCUCCUACAACUGUGUGCGUGUGUGUGCGUUUGUGCGUCCUCAGGUGAUCCAGAAGCUCGUCUUCCCGUUCAGCAGGAUGAGUUACCGUCCCACCGGCGAGCAGCAGUUCUUCUCCCGCCUGGAGGAAGUGGUCGAGCUGAAGGCGCUCAGCUCGCCACUCGCCACAGUCAACAUCCUCAUGUCUCUGUUCCAGCUGGGACACUUCCCGGGUCUCGUGCUUCACCGUGUCUUCUCCUCCGCCUUCAUCAGCAACGUCACCAGUCAGUACACAGCAACACAACCAGUAACACAACCAACAACAUAACCAGCAACACAACCAGCAACACAACCAGCAACACAACCAACAACACAACCAGCAACACAACCAACAACACAACCAGCAACACAACCAGCAACACAACCAGCAACACAACCAGCAACACAACCAGCAACAUAACCAACAACACAAACAACAACCAAACACACAAAUUAACCAGUUUAACCAGUCAGCCAAAAACAGCCAAUGAGAGCAUGUGACUAACAGUGGUGUCUUUUGGCCCCGCCCCCCUUACAGACAGCCCGUACGCUCUGAUCGUCAGGAGGUACCUGUCUCUGCUGGACGCCGCCGUAGAGCUGGAGUUCCGAGACUACACCGGACCACGCCUACAGGACAACCACAAGGUGCUGAUGUUUGACCACGCCCUCACCGCCGACGAGGUCAACCGCAAGUACAGGUAACACCCUCGCACCUCAACUGUGUGUUCCAGCAGGUCCACACUGAGCUCCGGGGUUCUGUGGGUCUUAAACUCGAACCCGGGUCGUUAAGGUAGUAAAUUUACCGUCAAUUUGUUUCAGGUUCUAAAUUAUCAGCUGGUCGCCGUUUACAGCGGCCGACCGUAAAACGUGUAAAAGAGCGUCUAAGAGUCGAGGUCAGUCUGCUGUCGUCAGUGCUGGUUCUGGUUAAUAAAGGCUGGUCCUGAUCAGUUUGGACCGGUUAGGUCAGUUUGGAUCAGUCCUGGUCAGUUUGGACCGGUUCUGACUGGUCUCUCUCUCAGUUAUAAAGGUCUGGUUUGGACCGGUCCUGAUCAGUUUGGACUGGUUCUGGUCGGUUUGGACCGGUUCUGAUCAGUUUGGACCGGUUCUGACUGGUCUCUCUCUCAUUUAAAGAGGUCUGGUUUAGACCGGUCCUGGUCAGUUUGGACCGGUUCUGGUCAGUUUGGACCGGUUCUGGUCGGUUUGGACCGGUUCUGAUUAGUUUGGACCGGUCCUGACUGGUCCCUCUCUCAGUUAUAAAGGUCUGGUUUGGACCGGUCCUGAUCAGUUUGGACUGGUUCUGGUUGGUUUGGACCGGUUCUGAUCAGUUUGGACUGGUUCUGACUGGUCUCUCUCUCAUUUAAAGAGGUCUGGUUUAGACCGGUCCUGGUCAGUUUGGACCGGUUCUGGUCAGUUUGGACCGGUUCUGACUGGUCUCUCUCUCAGUUAUAAAGGUCUGGUUUGGACCGGUCCUGAUCAGUUUGGACUGGUUCUGGUCGGUUUGGACCGGUUCUGAUCAGUUUGGACUGGUUCUGACUGGUCUCUCUCUCAUUUAAAGAGGUUUGGUUUGGACUGGUCCUGAUCAGUUUAGACCGGUCCUGAUCAGAUUAGACCGGUCCUGGUCAGUUUGGACCGGUUCUGAUUAGGUUGGACCGGUUCUGACUGGUCUCUCUCUCAGUUAUAAAGGUCUGGUUGCCGAGGCGCUGAGACAGCUGGUUGGUGAACAGAACUACAAACAGGACGAAGUUCUGCCCCCGGGGUACUACACAGGUACUGCAGAGACACACUACAGACACGGGUUUGAUCCAUGGACACUGAUUGAUUAACUGAUUGAUUGAUUGAUUGAUUGAUUGAUCAUGUCUUCAGACUUCCUGUUAUGGAUGGACGGUUCUGGUCGGGUUCUGCCCAUCAGGUCAGGACCCCCGUUGUCCCUCGGUAUGGUCCCGCCCUCCUGCGUUCCCAUGGCGCCCAAGCCUGGUGACGGUGCGGUUGCCGUGGUAACCUCAGAGUUCCAGAAGUUCUCUCCGUUUGCGGCGCUGGAGGAGGACCCGGAUCAGCAGGGUCCGGGUCCGGAGGGGAUGGGGGGGGCCUUGGAGCCCAGAUCAUUCCUGCCCCACCACAUCCGCAGCCCAGCAGGGACCACGGUGGCCUCAGGGGCCCCCCGCCCAGGAACCAACGGGGGGCCCCUGGACUACGGCCCCUACUACCCGCCCCCAGCAGAGUUCUACUCGGGUCUGAAUAAGGAGCACUCUCUGGAGAGUCAGGACAGUUCCACACUCAGCAGCCCCCCCUCUGAUGGACUCACUCAGUCAGGGGCCCCGGGCCCUGCCGGGACCGCCGCCCCAGACUCACUCUUUCAGUUUUCUAUCGGGAAGAUCCUGGAGGACGAGGGGGGGGCCGGGACCCCCGGGGGUCAGGGGUCGACGGACUGUGAGCUGCCCGGGUUCUACGAGGGGGCCGCGUACCCUGAGGGGUCCAGGGCCGACAGAGGGCCCCCCUCCCCCCCACAGCUCCACCCCUCAGACCGGGCCGAGGCGGAGGAACCCCCGUCAGAGCAGCGGGGGGUCAGGAGGUGAGUCCGGCUCAGUGUGAGUGACCCGGGUCAGUCAGAACCAGGUCUGAGGUCUGUGUGUCUUUACAGGGUCAUCAUGUCCGUCAACGAUAAAUGGCACUACUGUCACAAUUCUGAGGUUCUGGUCGGGUCCAGAGCCAUGAGGGACCGCCACCUGAGGCUGCUGGGAUACAUCAUCCUGCAGGUCAGACUCCGCCCACUCAGGCUACGUUCACACUGCAGGUUCUGACGCACAAAGAUCGGAGUUUCGGUUCAAUCCGAUCUUUUUGUCGGUCGUUCACGUUACAACAACGAAAGUGUGAAGUGACCCGCGUGAACGCCACCUGAGCGUCCACGCCGCCGUCACAUCAGAUCCAGAUCCACAUUCUAAAGAGACCUGGGUCGGAUCAGAACACAUCAGAACUGACCUGCAGUCUGAACGUAGAUCAAGAUACUCACAUUAAUACAGAGUGUUUACACCCCCACCGUCUGUGGUCAUGUGACCCGUCAUGUGACUCGUCAUGUGACCCCUGUCCUCUUGUCCCCUCUCAGCUGCCGUACCACGAGCUGGAGAAGCUGAACGGCAUCGAGGAGGUGAAGCAGUACCUGCACAAGAAGCUGCUCAACGUCCCGCUAUGACGCUCUCUGUCUGUGUGUGUGUGUGUGUGUGUGUGUGUGUGUGUGUGUGUGUCUGUGUGUGUGUGUGUGUGUGUGUGUGUGUGUGUGUCUGUGUGUGUGUGUCUGUGUGUGUGUGUGUGUGUGUCAGUUGUGUGCCGGUUGGACCCGGUUGUUCGAACCUCGGGUCACAGAGAGACUCGGAUGAUUGAACCUGCUGCUCUGAUGCUCCACCCUCUGAGUCUGUGGGCGUGAUGAAGGGGGCGGGACUCUAACGUGAGUGACAGGUGACAUCAUCACGUACCUGCAGCAGGUGGACUCAGCGGACGGUCCGGCUGCUUUUUCACACACAGGACUCGGUUUUCGGAUCAGAACUUGAGCUGAGUUUAUUUCUAUAACAGGGACGGUGGGUCCAUCAGAACCAGACCCGGUUGGUUGAGUCUGUGGAUCCGGUUCUGCUGUGGUGUCGGGUCUGUGGUUCUGGAGGAGGCUCUGAAGUGACCCGGUCCAUUCUUUAACACUCGAACCUGCAGGCUGCGAUCUGAUUGGUCGCUGCGUGGAUGAAGAGGUCACAUGUUUUUUGGGGCGAGGAGGGCGGAGUCUCUUUUUAUAAAGUUUGGUAACCAUGGUAACAAAGUCGCCGCAUGUGUGAAGCAGUUUUUUUAAAGCAGCUGAUGGAGAGCAGGGGCUGAUGGGUAAUGUAGUUCUCUGUAAGUGCACACAAAGGGGGGGGGCAGGGCUGCUGCUGCCAUGGUAACAGGGUGUUUAAGUGCCAAAGGAUAGGAGGAGGGUGUGUGUGUGGGGGGUCAAAGGUCAGAUUAUUUAUUUGUGUACGAGGUGACGGACAGUCGGACAGAAAGAAGUUUGUUUAUAUUCUAUAAAUCUAUCAUUCAAAUGUCUAUAAAACCUGAAACCCUCCAA